AGCCCCGCUAGCUUCACGCCGAGCAUGGUGUAGUACAAUACACAGUAAGGCGCCGCUGGAGGUCUACUAGACAGGAGUUCCUACACUGCUUGAGAAACUACCUACCUUAAGUACUUCAAACUUUUGCCCUCUCAUCCAAGCUCUUACCCAACAUCCGGUUUGAAACAUUCCAAAUGUGGCACGACCUUCUCCACGAUGCAUAAGAGACCUGUUCUUCUGCCCGCUCUCCAGUGACGAUCGACGUAGCUCCAUCAAGUGAUUGACUUGGUUAAACAUGGAUGUGGUGCAGGCCGCAGCGGGCUAUGUCACCAAGAUGGUGUCGGCCGGCGACAGCACGACGAGUGCGACGUCAGCCAAAAUGAAGAUUCUGCUGCUGGACAGGGAGACACUACCGUUUAUUUCAACAGCCGUCACGCAGUCGCAACUGCUUAACCACGAAGUGUACCUGAUGGACCGUCUCGACAACCCGAACCGCGAGAAGAUGCGGCACCUGCGCUGCCUUUGCUUUGUGAGGCCGCACCCGGACUCGAUCGGCCUCCUCAUCGACGAGCUUCGGGAACCCAAGUAUGGAGAGUACCAUCUCUUCUUCAGCAACGUCGCCAAGAAGUCUACCCUGGAGCGCUUGGCCGAGGCCGACGACCACGAGGCGGUUAAGCUAGUCCAGGAGCACUUUCUUGACUAUGUCGUCAUCAACCCGGAUCUCUUUUCCCUCAACAUGUCCGCGCCCAUGCACCGGAUAUGGAGCGGCAACCCGGACACUUGGAACACAGAUUCGCUGCAGCGGGCAACCGAGGGAAUCAUUGCUGUUCUUCUAAGUCUCAAGAAGAAGCCCCUGAUCAGGUAUCAGAAAACCAGCCUCCUCGCUAAGAAGCUCGCUUCUGAAGUGCGGUACUACGUCAAUCAAGAGGACCAGCUUUUCGACUUUCGUAAAGUCGACGCACCACCUAUUCUCCUGGUUUUGGACAGGAGAGAGGACCCCAUCACCCCCUUGCUCAUGCAAUGGACUUACCAGGCCAUGGUACACCACCUGAUCGGCAUCAACAACGGUCGGGUAGGCCUCGGCGAAGGACCUGACAUACGGCCAGAGCUCAGGGAGAUUGUAUUAUCUCAGGACCAAGAUCCCUUCUUCAAGAAGAACAUGUAUCUCAAUUUUGGCGAUCUUGGGAGCAAUAUCAAGGACUACGUUGAGCAAUACCAGUCCAGAACCAAGAACAAUGCCAAUAUUGAGACAAUAGCCGACAUGAAACGAUUUAUCGAAGAGUACCCCGAAUUCAGGAAACUUUCAGGCAACGUGAGUAAGCACGUCACGCUUGUUUCGGAGCUGAGCAGACGAGUUGGCACCGAGAACCUUCUCGAGGUCAGCGAGCUGGAGCAGAGCAUAGCUUGCAACGAUAGCCACGCGGCCGAUCUUAAGAACAUCCAAAAACAAAUCCAAAAUCCCUCCGUCACCCCAGAAAACAAAGUGACCCUAGUAGCGCUCUAUGCGCUACGCUACUCAAAGCACCCCUCCAACUCUCUCCCUAUGCUCAUCGAUCUCCUCACCGCAGCAGGCGGCGUGCCCGCCCGCAAGGCAGACGCCGUGACCCGCUUGUUAAUCUACCAAAACUCGCUGCAGCAGUCGCCCUCUACGGCGGGGGGCAUUACCGAACUGUUUGAGUCGACGGGCCUGUUCGGCUCGACGGGGAACCGCUUCAAGGGGCUCAAGGGCGUGGAAAACGUGUAUACACAGCACUCGCCUCUCUUGGAGACAACGCUGCAGAAUUUGAUAAAGGGCAAGCUUCGCGAGGCGCAGUACCCCUUUGUUGAAGGGGGCGGCACGACGAAGGAUAAGCCGCAGGAUAUCGUUGUUUUUAUUGUGGGCGGGGCAACCUACGAGGAGGCUAAGAUGGUGGCUGGGAUCAAUGCGUCAAGUCCUGGUGUCAGAGUUGUGUUGGGCGGAACGACGAUACAUAACGCGGCGACAUUCAUCAACGAGGUUGAAGAGGCGGUCGCUUCAUGGCCCGAAGGGGCUGGUGCUACUGGGCGCAGGCGUUGAUGUUUAUACAAGGAGUGUCCUUCGGUCUGUUUGAAUCGAAAUUGGCGUGAUUGGUUGCAUAAUGGGCUGUAUUCCCGCUGCUGGAGGUGUUGUCUCAUUCUCAGUCAAGCCUUCGCUUGAACUAACACUCCCGGAAUGCGGACGGAGUAUUCAUAAUCUAGAGGGAAGGCUGUAGCUGUCGUAAACCCUGGCAUAUAUCGGUCGCACGGGCCUGUGUGCUUGAGUGACUGGACGAUGUAUGUAUGUACAUAAAGUCUAUCCAAUGAAUGCUCUCUAUUCCUCU